UUUCCCAUCACUUGUACUGUAAGAGGCGAAAAGAGACCCAUUCAAGAGAAUGAGUGAACUGGAACAAUUACGGCAGGAGGCAGAACAGCUCCAGAAUCAAAUCAGAGAUGCAAGAAAAGCAUGUAGCGACACAACUCUUGCUCAGAUCACCACAAGUCUUGACUCAGUGGGUCGAAUCCAGAUGCGUACAAGGCGUACCUUGAGAGGUCAUUUAGCCAAAAUUUAUGCUAUGCACUGGGGAUCUGAUUCAAGGUUUAGGACAACUCAUGGUGCUUUUUUUUUUUUUUCCUUUCCAAUUUUACUUUUAAAGAUGCAUGCUAUUCCUUUGCGGUCUUCCUGGGUAAUGACCUGUGCGUAUGCACCAUCUGGCAAUUAUGUCGCUUGUGGUGGAUUAGACAACAUCUGUUCUAUCUACAAUCUGAAGACAAGGGAGGGCAACGUACGAGUGAGCAGAGAACUACCCGGCCAUACCGGGUACUUGUCCUGUUGUCGCUUUCUAGAUGAUAACCAAAUAAUUACGAGCUCUGGAGACACUACCUGUGCUCUGUGGGAUAUCGAGACGGGCCAGCAGACUACUGCGUUUACUGGACAUACCGGCGAUGUCAUGAGUCUCUCUUUAAGCCCAGACAUGAGCACUUUUGUUUCGGGUGCCUGUGAUGCCUCCUCCAAGCUCUGGGACAUCCGAGAUGGGAUGUGCAGGCAGUCAUUCAUGGGACACGUAUCUGACAUUAAUGCAGUUUGU